GCUCGCGCUCUCCCUCACACACACACACUCACGCGCGCGCAGUUAGUCAGACAGUCAGCAUGCUGCUCGCAAAUCAGGUGGCUCUAGUCAGGCUGCUCCUGCAGCUCUGCAUCACUAACGUGCACGCGCUGCUCUCUGCUCUGCUCGUACGGAUGACCGUGUGGAUGGGAGUACGACCCGGACCCGGACCCGGACAGAGCCAGCUGACCCCCAGAGAGCAGCUCAGAGGGUCCAGAGCAGAGAAGAGGAGGGACCCGGACAGAGUUCUGGUCACAAGUCCCAGAAGUGUGAAUUACCACUUCACGCGCCAGUGCAACUACAAGUGCGGCUUCUGCUUCCACACCGCCAAAACCUCGUUCGUGUUACCCAUAGAGGAGGCGAAGAGAGGACUACUGCUCCUCAAACAAGCAGGAAUGGAAAAAAUAAACUUCUCAGGUGGGGAGCCUUUCCUACACCAGAGAGGUGAGUUCCUGGGAGAAAUGGUGCGAUACUGCAAGCAGGAGCUUCAGCUGCCCAGCGUCAGCAUCGUCAGCAACGGCAGCAUGAUUAAGGAGAAGUGGUUCCAGAGCUACGGAGAGUAUUUGGACAUUCUCGCAGUAUCAUGUGACAGCUUUGAUGAGGACACCAACAGAACAAUUGGUCGAGCUCAGGGCAGGAAGAGCCACAUAGAAAACCUGCAGAAAGUGCGAGACUGGUGCAGAGAGUACAAGGUGGCCUUCAAAAUCAACUCAGUGAUCAACACCUUCAACGUACAUGAAGACAUGACGGAGCACAUCACUGCCCUUAAUCCUGUGCGCUGGAAGGUGUUUCAGUGUCUGCUGAUAGAGGGUGAAAACACAGGUGGAAACAGCCUUCGGGAGGCGGAAAAAUUUGUCAUCACCGAACAGGAUUUCCAAGAUUUUCUGGACCGACAUAAAAGCAUUGAAUGCCUGGUCCCGGAGUCUAAUCAAAAAAUGAGAGACUCCUACUUGAUUCUGGAUGAAUAUAUGCGGUUUCUGGAUUGUCGAGCAGGAAGAAAAGACCCCUCAAAGUCUAUUUUGGAUGUUGGGGUGCAGGAGGCCAUUCAGUUCAGUGGAUUCGAUGAGAAGAUGUUCCUGAAAAGAGGAGGCAAAUACGUAUGGAGUAAAGCCGAUAUGAAGCUGGAAUGGUGAUCUUCAGUGUGUGUGUUCUCUUUAAAAUUACAGUGUAACCUGUUUUUAAACAGUGUGGAAGCCACAUUAUUUACGUUACAUUUUUAUUUUUUAUUUAAUUUAUUUUAAAUGGAAAUUUUAAAUGUGUUUGUGUGUGCAUUCUUCAGUAUCUCUAAAAAUCAGUAUCUCUAAAUCCAUGGCCUAAUUAGCUUGAAAAAAAAAAUUACAUUGCACUUUGUAUUUACAUUUGCACAUUUUUAAAUAUAUAUAUACACAAUAUUAUAUAUAAACAAAGAUUUAUAUUUUUGACAAAACAUGUUUUAAUAAAGAACUGUGAUAAAUGAUGUGACUGAAGUUGUUAGGUGGCUGUUUGUUGGAGACUAGGUACUAGAAUAGGUAAGUUAUGUGACAUUUAUUUGUAAGUAUGUGGUGGGCACACCCAAUACGCAAGUAUACGGUGCCAAGCUCCGAUGGAAAAGCUGUAUGAACCAACACCAUGAAAAGAUCAUUGACACGUGUAAUAUAAACUAAAUGUUGGUUGAAUAAGCAUUUUUAAAUUUUCAGGUUGAAGUUCUCUAAACUCAUUUUAUUGAGUUGUACUGGCCAGUAAGUUUACACAACUUGAUAAUAUGAUUUCUUCUGACUUAAACACAAAAUCACUUAUUAGAAUGCAGUGACAUGGUGAUAUUGUGAUAUGGAAGUGCUCCCAUGAUGGCAUGGGGCUGCCAUUGAUUUUUAUUUAGUUAAUAAAAACAAACUUUAAUUUGGAGGUUUGUUAAGCAGGAUUUGCAGUGUGAGUUUGUGUUGAAAGAGAUGUUUUAGUGCAGUUGGCUUAGUGUCUUUUCAGCUUUUUUGUAAGUUUUAAGCACUCACCCUAAAGAAGUAUAAUAUGAAGAGAACGCACCUUAAAUAGCCCCCGUCUACCUCUUAACAGUGUCUGUUCACUGAAAGCAAUGGCCAUCCUUGUUAAAUGUCUUCUUAUCUGAGUUUAGAAAUGUGUUAAUAAACUGAUAAAGUUAAUGAGAAAACUUCUGGGAAAUUUUUCUAGUAAAAUUUUCCACAUUCAUAACUUUAUUUAUUUUAAUUUUACAAGACUUUAGCUAUAUUACAACUGCAGUCAGAUUUGCCAGCAUAUCUUUUUCAAAAGUCUGUUAGUUAGUGGCUUAUGUUAUUAUUUGGAGAGGGAGAUUUGUAUUUAAACUGACAUUCAGCUGUCAUUCAAGACUAAACCAGUUCAGUUUGGUAUCGUAGCCUCUGCAGACUGGUUUUGUGUUUUAUGUCUAAUAAAACUUUGUUUUGUUAA